AUGGCCACACGAGUGGGGAGUAAGAGUAUUUGUGGUUGUUUGACUCUGCUUCAGGCGUGGAUAUAUGAGUACUUUCCACUCUUCCGUCCGAGCCAGAUUCUCCAGGCUGCAGAUGCUCCUCGUGCUUCCUCGUGGGUGUGUCACCGCUUUGCAGGUGGUGAUGAUGCUAGAUAG